AUGGCUCCCAAGAUUCUCGUCGUUCUCACCAGCCAGGCCAAGAUGAACAAUGGCAACCCUACCGGCUGGUACCUCCCCGAGUUCGCUCACCCCUACUAUGACUUUGUCAACGCCAACGUCGAGGUUGUCGUCGCCUCUCCCAAGGGCGGUGAGUCUCCUCUCGACCAGGCCUCCGUCGAGAUGUUCAAGGGUGAUGAGGAGUCUGUAAAGUUCCUCAAUGAGAAGAAGCAAAUCUGGGAGCAAACCACUCCCCUCAAGGAGUUCCUUGGCAAGGCUUCCGAGUUCGACGCCGUCUUCUACCCCGGUGGCCACGGCCCCAUGUUCGAUCUCGUCAACGACGAGACCUCCAUCAAGAUCAUCGAGGAGUUCUACAAGGCUGGCAAGCCCGUCGCUGCUGUCUGCCACGGUCCCAUCGUCUUCACUCAGGUCAAGAUUGAUGGAAAGCCUCUUCUUGAGGGUCGUGAGGCCACUGGCUUCAGCAACUCUGAGGAGGAUGCUGUUAACCUGACCAGCGCUAUGCCCGUUCUUCUCGAGGAUGAGAUUAAGCGUGUUGGUGGAAAGUACGUCAAGGCUGAUGACUGGGCUGAGAAGUCUGUUGUUGAUGGUCAGGUCAUCACCGGCCAGAACCCUUCUUCUGCCCACGCUGUCGGUAAGGCCAUUCUCAAGGCCAUCGGCGCUUAG